AUGACAUCAGAAGAAACUGUAAACACAACUGAACAAAUCAAGGAAGAACAACAACAAGAGGAAGAAGAGGAAGAGGAAGAGGAAGACCAAGUUGAUCGUGAAAAGAUAAAAAUUUUACCUCAAGCUACUUCUGAAGACGGUACUAGUGCUUCAUUCCAAAUUCUUGAAGAAGAUCAUACAUUAGGUAACCCACUUCGUUAUAUCAUUAUGAAGAACCCACAAGUUGAAUUCUGUGGUUACUCUAUACCACAUCCUUCUGAGAACUUGCUAAAUAUAAGAAUCCAAACUUAUGGUGAUAUCACAGCUGUAGAGGCUCUACAAAAAGGUUUAACCGAUUUGAUGGAUUUAUGUGAUGUUGUUGAAGAAAAAUUUACCGAUAGGAUUAAACAACUUUAG